AUGAAGUUUGGAUUGUCUUUAGAUACUGAGUUACAGAUCCUGAAUUUGCACCAUGAGAGGAUAGCUGACGGGGGCCUACGAGUGCAUUCCCUUCAAAGGACACAAGCAUAUUCUCCAAUAAGGCUUCUAUCUGAAACAAUACGAAAACUAGAAAGCCUACGCCUUGCCGAGUUGCUAGAAACACAAAGAAGUGAUAACCUCAAAAAUGAAGCUUUGAAAAACGAACGUAAGAAUAAACUUAUGUCUGAUACAAUCAUCGAUGAUGAAUUCAACAAGAUGUGGAACCAGCUGCAAACAGAAGUGCAACGCAUCAUUGACAAUCAAAAGGCAUUGAAAAAACAGGAAGAAGAACGUUUGAUAAAAAUUAAGGAGGAAGAAGAACGAAAAAGGCUUGAGAUACUCAAACAGAAAGCUAAGGAAGAGGAAGAGGCUCAAAUAAAAGCUCAAGAGAAAGCCAAACUCGAGGCCGAGCAAAAGGCUAGAAAGGCUGAAGAAGAUGCUAAAAGGGCUGAAGCAGAGCGAUUGAAAGCAGAAGAAACAAAGAAUAAGUUGAAAGAGAAAAUCAGAAAAGAACAAGAAUCUGCUUCCCGUAAAUCAAAAGGACUUACGGAUUUCAAAGAGAUUGAGAAACAGUUAGUCUAUUACAGACAAAAAAUAGAGACUAUAAAAGCAGAAGUCGUCAAACCCAUGAAUAAGGACAAGGAUUUGAAGCGAAAUAUUAACGCCUUGAAAAGGAAAAUCAAUAUCAAGUUUGGACAAUUGUCAAACUCUAUGACUCAAUUGAAUCAGAUUUCUCAUGAAACUGUUGAGCUUGUGAAACAAACCUCUUCCAAUCAAUUAGCAUACAAAUGGAUUUUAAACUUCAUUGCGAAAGCGAUUGUUUCUCAAGCUGAAACAGAGGUUACCGUGAAGCCCACUGCGGCGUUACCUUUGGCUAGACUCAGUAUGCAUUUGCUUUAUAAUUUGGAGGGUUUGUAUGAUUUCUUAUGCCCUAGGUUUGUUAAGAAAUGUUGUUUAAUCAUCGGCUUCACGUGUCCCAUCGAUACAGAGGAAGGACGUAUACGGAUGGGAUGGAGAAGACAUGAGUCCAAAUGGGAAACUGAAGUCAAGUAUGAAGAAAGAAUUGGAGGUAUUUGCUCUGUGUGGGCUGUAAUGGCACGCCUAGAACAUGAUUCUAAAUUUGCAUUCUUUAGCAUGGAUGCCGAAUGGAAGUUUGCUGCUAGAAUGCUCAAUACUGAAAAAUCACUUUUGUCAAACGUUCACUAUGUUGUUGUUAGUAACUGGUGGGAGGCUGCAGCUCAGCUGGUUAUCAACAGAUGGAGAAAGCAAGGCAUAAAGAUUUUACAGCUUUUCUCAAGGGACUGGGCCAAAUAUGGUCAAGAGAAAUCCUUCCCUGCUGCAACGCGAUUGGAGGUAUUGGGAGACGACUUUGAGCUGAAGAAUGAUCUAAACCAACUCAAAGAAAUGGAAUCUUGA